AUGGAAUUAUUUAAGAGAGGCUCGUCGAAAUUACUUAGGUUUCUUCGUCUUCAGAAACCUACAACUAUGCCAACAUCUUCCUCUUCUUCUCCAGUAUCAGUUCCUCAUACUGAAAAAACUAAUCUAAACCCAAAAAGAUCGUUAUCAAAAGUAUCCACCGCUGAAUCUACAAAAAUCCCAAAAAACAAGAGCUCAAANAAAAAGAUAAAACUUAAAAAAUACAGGACUAAGAAAGUUGAUCCCACGUCACCUUUAGGAGUAUUACAGUUUGAAAUUGAUGAGUUAUUAUCUGAACAAAAUUUAACUCGUGAACAAAUUUCAAACAAUGUUACCUCAAUUUUAAAUGAUUUUCCUAAAUAUGAUGGUCCUAUAACAAAACAAUAUCAUCGUGAAGUUAGAAAUGUCAAAGUUUUAAAAUUAAGUUCCAACGGUGAUGGUCUAGCUAUUAUCGAUAACCCUGUUGAGAAAGACAAGAAGCAAAUUGUUACCAUCCCAUUCGGUUUGCCUGAUGAUGUUGUUGAUAUCAAAGUGUUUAAAACACACCCAACUUAUGUGGAAAGUGAUCUUCUAAAUGUUGUGGAGAAAUCAUUAAUUAGGAAAGACGAAUUAAUCAAAGAUAAAUAUUUUGGUAAAGCAUCAAGCAGUCAAUAUGAUUUCUUAAAUUACCAAACACAGUUGGAGAUAAAGAAAAAUACUAUUUAUAACGCUUAUAAAUAUUUUUCUCCUAAUCUGUUGUCUGAAGGAUUAUUACCGGAUAUCAGUGAUACUGUCGCUUCACCUUUACAAUAUGGUUAUAGGACUAAGAUAACUCCACAUUUUGAUGUGCCAAGAAGGUUGAAAACUUUAGAGGAGAGACCACCUUUAGGAUUUGGACAAAAGGGAAGACCAAAAUGGAGAAAAGAAACUCUUCAUGUAGGUGGUGAUGGACCGAUUUUAGAUAUUGAAGAGUGUUCCUUGGCCACUGACAUUAUAAAUAUUGGUUUGAGAAAUGAAAGAAGGAGGUUUGCAGAUGAAUUUAAAAAAUACAAGAAAGGAGCAACAUUCUUAUUAAGAGAAAACACAAUUAUUUUGGAUCCAUCAAAGGAUAUAGACGAACAACUAGGCGAAGGGUCUAGAGAUGAAAACGGUAAAGUUAGCUUUAUUGAAGUCGAUGACAAAAAGCAUAACGUUAAAUUGGCUAAGACAUGUGUUACUCAUCAAAGACAAAUCGUGACAGAAUAUGUCGAUGGGUACACCUUCAACUUUACAGCAGGUGAAUUUUUCCAAAAUAACAAUUCAAUUUUACCCGUAGUUACUAAAUAUGUUCGUGAUAACUUACAACUUCCAAACUCGAAAGAAAAUGAACCACGUUACUUAGUUGAUGCCUACUGUGGAUCCGGUUUAUUCAGUAUUUGUAGUUCCAAAGGUGUUGACAGAGUUAUUGGUGUAGAAAUAUCAGCGGAUAGUGUUUCUUUCGCAGAAAAGAAUGCUAAGGCAAAUGGGAUUAAGAAUUGUAAAUUCAUUGCUGGUAAAGCAGAAAAACUCUUUGAAUCAAUUGAUACACCAAAUGACAAAACGUCAGUUAUUUUAGAUCCUCCAAGAAAAGGAUGUGAUGAUAUCUUUUUAAAGCAAUUGUCAACAUAUUAUCCUGCAAGAAUUGUCUAUAUUUCUUGUAAUGUACAUUCACAAGCCAAAGAUAUUGAAUACUUCAUCAAAGAAACUGAAAUGGGUCACAAUUAUAAAGUGGAAAGUAUUAGAGGUUUUGAUUUUUUCCCUCAAACACAUCAUGUAGAAAGUGUUGCUGUUUUGACAAGAAUAUAA